AUGUUGUCUCAAGCUCUGGAUAGCGGUCGCCGUAUCCGCAGGCACAUCAUGACAUCAUUCUUGUUCACAAAGUCCGAUGUGUUGACAGUUCUUAUCCCAAUCACCCUAUCUACCUUCGCAACUGCUCCCCAUCCCGAUGUAACUCGCGUGCCGGACAUCAUCAUAUGGAUAUGGCUGCACCUCCUGAAACAUGAUAUAUAUAACCAGAUGCUGGAUCCAGAGGAGGACCGGAAAAACAAGCCUCAUCGACCUAUCCCUUCUGGUCGUAUAAAUGUCCAAAAUGCGGCGGAUGUGCGCUGGCUGCUAGUGCCAGUCUGCCUGAUAUUUUCUGCGAUGUAUGGCAUCAAGGUUCUUGCUUGCAGCGCUUGUCUAGAAGCCCUCAGCAUUUGGUACAAUGAGUUUGGUGGCGAUAGGACUUGGCUUUCGAAGAACCUAUUGACGGCCAUCGCAUAUACAAUUCUUGAAUUAGGUACAACCAUCGUACUUGGAUCUAGUAUGGACAACAUUUUGGCACGUGCAGCCGCCUUCAACUUUGUAAUGUUUGCAACGACGAUUCACGCGCAAGAUUUUAAAGAUGAGGAGGGAGAUCUAUUGGCAGGAAGACGCACUCUUGUCACUUUGUUCCCUACCUUUGCACGCAUGUCCAUGACGAUUGGCAUCCCACUUUGGUCACUCUGCCUUAGCAGACUUUGGGAGGUAGAUAUUUUCUGUUCUCUCGCAUUCAUGGCGUACGGAACUAUUGUCGGGGCGAGAUUCAUGGUUUAUAGGACCGCGAGUGCGCACAAACAGUCGUGCAAACUAUAUAGCCUCUGGUUUGCCCUUGUGCACAUACUCCCCGGUUAUUGGCGAUUUUUCUACAGCACUUGA